AAUUUGCUUUCUAUCUUCCAGUUAGGAGAGAACUUGACUCAUAAGGACAUGGCUUUGGUGCAGACACCAGUGCUGAACCAUCUGACAGGGGAGGAAUAUGAGGCUGACGUUGAGUUGCAAAGGGGCAAGGAUGAUGGUCCUCUGGGCGGAGAUUUGACUGAUGAGGAAGAAGCACAAGUUGAAGAUGACGCUCUGACAGAGAAAGAACGCACAUUUUUAAAAGAGUUUCCAAGCUGGGAAAAGAAUGAAAAGGAGAAGAUUAGAAAACUCUAUGCCAUCGCAGACGACAUUGACAAAAAACACCGAAAAGCCACCAAGAUCAAAAUAGUGACAGACUCUGCAUCAGUCGUCUCUGGAGUCAUGAGCCUCCUGGGUCUCGUCCUUGCUCCAACAACUUCAGGGGCAAGCCUGUUGCUCAGUGCUGCUGGGCAAGGUUUGGGGGCACUUGCUGGGGUCACCAACAUCAUAACCAACAUAAAGGAGGGCUUUCAUGAAGAAAGAGCUCAAGCUCAGGCCAACAGCAUCAUGCCUGCCAGUGACCGGGAGCUUGAGGACACCAAGGGAAAGAAGACGUCCUAUGUCACAGCUGCUGGUGACAUUGUCUACAAAUGUGGGAGCGCCUGGGAAAACAUCAGAAAACACAAGCGAGCCCUUCAGAUAACCAAAACACACCCCCAUGUCACCUCAGUUGCCAAGGAGCUCAUGACUGCUGGUGAAAGUUUAACCCAAAACAGCAGGCAGGUGCAAAAGGCCUUUGGGGGCACAGCCCUGGCAAUGACCAAAACUGCCCUCCUGAGGAAAGGUGUAGGUGAUGCCAUAUUCCUUGGCCUGAACAUCUAUGAUCUCAUCGAGGAGUACAAGGACCUGAAGUCUAAAAAGCCAACAGAUUUUGUGAAAGAGUUAAGAAUGCGGGCUCAGGAAUGGGAGCGGGAGAUAUCAAAACUAACCUGUUACUACAAGAAGCUGACGAAGGUGAGGGUUGGGCUUCGGAAAGGGCUGGGAGACAAACUGAGAUUUGUGGAGCCAUGUAGAACAGCCAGGGUUAAGGGUGCCUAGGCGUGUGUGCG